CACUUCUCAAUUCAUCACAACUCAAGCUCCUUGCCUCUCACUAAUCACUUCUCAUUCUUCCUUUUCCUUCAAUUACUUUUACUUUUAUACUUUUUAAGGUCAUCAUGGGAGUUGCCACCGGUGAAUUUGAGGUCCCUUCUGCCGUCCCAGUAGACAAGAUGUUCCAGGCUGCUGUCGUUGACGCCGAUAAGCUCUUCCCCAAGAUUAUGCCUCAGGGUAUUAAGAGUGCUGAACUCGUUGAAGGCGAUGGCGGGGCUGGAAGCAUCAGAAUGGUUAACCUUGUUGAAGGUGACUUUUACAUGAAGCACAAGGUUGAUGCCCUUGACAAAGAAAGCUUCGUAUAUAACUACACCAUCAUCGAAGGCGACACCUUGACCGGAAAAUUCGAGAAAAUUGUUUACGAAACCAAGUGGGUGUCAUCUCCUGAUGGAGGAUCCAUCUUCAAGGCCACUGUAUCAUUCCACACCUUACCAGGCUUUGAUGUCCCAGCGGAGAAGUUGGUUAACACGGCAAAAGAAAAGGCAACCGUCAUGGUCAAGGCUGUUGAAGCAUACCUCCUGGCCAAUUAAUUAUCCUGAUGCUUGUUAAGAUGCUAUGCGUUCAAAGUUUUAUUAUGUGUGAUUUGCCUUACCGGUUGCCUUGAAUAAAUGGAUCAUGAAUCAUUAAUGAUUCAAAUAAGAGCUUGGGAGUGAUGAAAGUGGCUUGCUGUGAAAUCUUUGUAUUGUUUUUUUUCUUCAAGAGCAUGAUUAUGUAAGGAUCAUUAAACCAGAUCUUGUUUGGUGUAUUGAGAGAAUUUACUAAAAUACAGGACUUAAAGAAGAUAAAUAUGCUUGUUUCA